AUGCCCGGGUUCACCUGCUGCGUCCCUGGCUGCUACAACAACUCACAUCGGGACCGGGACCUGCGCUUCUACACGUUUCCUAAGGACAGCACGCUGCGGGAGCUGUGGCUGAGGAACAUCUCCCGGGCCGGGGUCAGCGGCUGCUUCAGCACCUUCCAGCCCACCACAGGACACCGAGUCUGCAGCGUGCACUUUGCCGGCGGCAGGAAGACCUACAGCAUCCGAGUUCCGUCCCUCUUCCCGCUGCGGGGGGUCAACGAGCGCAGGAGCCGGCGGGGCAGAGGCAGGAAAGUGUCCGCGGCGGUUCCUGCCCCCGCCGCUGCAGCGACCUCUGGGAUUGUCGUCGCCAGCGUGCUGGGCAACACGGCAGAAGGAGCCGAGGGCAACGCCGGCGGCGAGGCGAGCGAUGACAGCAUCACCGUGGUUCAGAUAGGCCAGAACGGGGAGUACCUGGGCACGGCGCGGCUGCCCGCCCAGUCAGAGGGGACUUGUUACACGGCGCCGAUCACCGGGGACGAGCUCAUAGCCGAGGAGUCGCCGCUGGAUACCGGCUCCACCGUGCACCAGCAGCCGGUGCAGUAUGUCAGCGUUACCAGCAGCCCGCUGGACCACUCGUACUCUCUGACCACCGGCACCACGUCGGCCGAGCUGCUGCGGAAGCUGAACGAGCAACGGGACAUCAUCGCACUGAUGGAGGUGAAGAUGAAGGAGAUGAAGGCGACCAUCCGCCAGCUCCGGGUGGCCGAGGCCAAGCUGCAGGAGGAGGUGCGGGAACGGGACCGGCUGCUGUACAGCCCCUCGGUGGCUGUUAGCGUCCGGAAGAAAAUGUGAUGGGACGGGUGGACACACCGGGAGACCCGUUAUAGAGACUGGGGCUGACGGAGGAGGCAGCGGGGCUUUGAAGCCAGCAGAUCCAGCCGUAUUUUGUAUUAAACUCCGAGCGAUGACAAUUUAUUUUCAACAAGUAGAGAUGGUUUUUCGUAGGCCUGAUGUAAAAAUAAUACCCGGCUGACUAGUUUAUGUAGCUGAUAGUAAUAAACUCAUUGCUAAUCAUGUUGACGUCAGCUGAUCUGAGGUUAAUAACACACACAGUUCUCAUCAGCCAGGACUCAUAGUUUGCACAUAUCUGUGAUUGAGGGGACACUGAUGCUCCAAACUGCCUGGUUGCAUACAACAUUUUCUUCUUCAAGUUUUUCUGUUUUAUUUCUUUACUUUUCAGCCUAAAUUAGGAGGUUGUUGCAACAACAUCUCACAACAAGACUACAGAAACAGUGUGGAGUGUGCCAAGAUGAAGCAUCCAUAGGAUCUUUUUUUUAAAACCAAAACACUAUCCUUGGCACACUUACGGUUUUAGUGAGUUAAAUAAAAAUCUACAGUGACUGUGUCCGAGCUGCCUUUAAAGGUUGUUUAAGUAGCUUUCUUUUGUUUUUGUUGCUAAAAACGUUUGUGCAUCAGAAAAAAGAAUUCCUUUAAACUUUAAAGGGCACUCAAAUGAUGAAAUGUUAUUAAAGGAUGUUUCUUUGAGAAAUGCAUUAAGUUA